AUGUCUUCCAAGAAACUCAUUGUCAUUCUCGGCGCCACCGGUAACCAGGGCGGCUCCGUUGCGGAAACGUUCCUGCAGGAACCCGGCUGGCAGGUGCGCGCGAUUACCAGAAACCCUUCGAGCUCAAAGGCCCAAGCAUUGGCUACUCGCGGUGCAGAAGUGGUCAAAGCUGACCUGGAUGAUCCUUCUUCAUUUACCCCGGCCUUUAAGGGCGCCCAUGUUAUUUUCGCGGUUAGCGAUUUCUGGGGCUUGUUUGGCGAUCCCGCCAGUCAAGGCAAGGCGGCCGCAGCAGCUCAGCCUCUCAAUGUCUGGGCUGCUAAGCACGAAACCGAGCAAUUGAAGGGUGUCAUUGACGCUGCGGCAAAAGUCCACACCCUGGACCGUUUUGUGCUCUCCUCUCUCUCCAAUGCAGCCAAGUGGUCCAAUGGGAAAUACCCGCAUGUCUAUCACUUUGAUUCCAAGGCCAAGGCCGAGGCUUACGGCAGCGAGAACCAUCCUGAGUUGUGGGCCAAAACAAGCAUCUUCCAGGCAGGGUACUUCUUGAGCAACUUUGUCUCCAAUCCUAUUACUCUUCCCAGAAAGAAUGCGGACGGAGUGGCCCAGUUUAUCGGGGGUCUUGACCCAGACGUGGAGCUACCUUUUAUCGCCGCGGAGGAAGACACUGGACCCAUUGUCAAAGCCAUAGUGCUUGAUUCAGCUCCAAAGAGGGUUAUCGGUUAUAGAGCCCGGAUUUCGCUGCGCGGCCUGAUUGAAACCUUCUCGCAAGUGACAGGUCGGGAACUUGAUGACAAUUGGGGGUAUUGGAAGGAGUUUGGAUACUACGGUGGAGAUCCAGCCGUUAUCCAUCCCCAGGAUUUGGAACAAGCACCGGAGCUCAACAGCGUGGCGGACUACUUCAAAAAGCAGGACUGGUCCAAGGUCUUUAGCUCGUAA